GGAAAGGCUGAGGACAGGCUGAGAGAGCUGGGGAUGUUCGGCCUGGGGAAGACAAGGCUCCGGGGAAACCUUGUAGCGGCAUUCCAGUGCCUGAAAGGGGCCUAUAGGAAAGCUGGAGAGGGACUACCUUUCAAGGCUGGUGGUGGUAGGACGAGAGGGUACAGUAUAAACUGGAGAGGUCAGAUUUAGACUGGACAUUAGGAGGAGUUUCUUCACGAUGAGGGUGGUGAGGCACUGGCACAGGCUGCCCAGGGGAGCUGUGGCUGCCCCAUCCCUGGAGGCGUUCAAGGCCAGGUUGGAUGGGGCCUUGGGCAGCCUGGGCUGCUGGGAUGUCUCUGCCCAAGGAUGGGGGGUUGAACUGGACGAUCUUUCAGCUCCCCUCCACCUCAGCCCGUCCUGUGCCCCAUCCGCGCUCCAGCGCCGCGCGUUCCCGUUCGCCGGGCGGCGGAAACGCGCUGCGCUCGCCCCGCCCCGGGGCUCGGUUUCCGCGCCGGGCGCUGUCGGAGUGGGUCGCGGUUAUCGCUAAACUAUGAAGAAAUUAAAGCUUAAAGAACUGGAAAGCUGCCUUCAACAAGUUGAUGCCUUUGAAAGUCCAAAACUGCUCCUUGAACAGUAUCCGACGAGGCCGCACAUCGCAGCAUGUAUGCUUUAUACAAUUCACAAUACCUUUGAUGAUAUUGAAAACAAAACAAUUGCAGAUUUAGGAUGUGGUUGUGGCAUGCUGAGCAUUGGAAGUGCAAUGUUAGGAGCAGGAUUGUGUGUGGGGUUUGACAUAGAUGCAGAUGCACUGGAAAUAUUCAACAGCAAUAUUGAAGACUUUGAGCUCACAAACAUCAACAUGGUUCAGUGUGACGUCUGUUCUUUAUCUGACAGCAUGUCAGACACUUUUGACACAGUUGUUAUGAACCCUCCGUUUGGUACCAAGCAUAAUAAAGGAAUGGAUAUGAUUUUUCUGAAAACUGCUUUACAAAUGGCAAAAACAGCUGUAUAUUCCCUUCACAAAACUUCAACACGGCAGCACAUUCAAAAGAAGGCAGAUGAAUGGGACGUGAAGAUGGAAGUCAUAGCAGAACUUAGAUAUGACCUACCAGCAUCGUACAAGUUCCAUAAGAAGAAAUCAGUUGACAUUGAAGUGGAUUUCAUUAGAUUUUCUGCCAAGAAACUCUUGAACUGAGGCAUGUCUUUAAAUCUUUGAAAAUGGAAC